CGUAUGGUGCUUUUUGCGUGGUUUUUGUUGUGCAUGUACGCAUAUAUGCAAAACACGGACGUUACACAAAAAUCUCAUCUGGCGGCAACAGCUAUGGCUGCGGCUCUAUGGCUGUUAUGGCGUGAUUGAUAACAUAAUAACAUACACAACAAGGCCCAUCGCCGUCAAAAGGAAAAAGAAAUGAUCCACAAGGAUGAGUUUUAUGUACAGCUACAACGCCACCAGCCAGACGCUACAAGAGAGUACACACACACACACACACUCAUACAUACAUACAUACAUACAUACAUACAGAGAGUGAUAUGCAAGGUGGUAUGCAGGGUCGUAACACGUGGAUUGGGUUACCUAACCGGUAUGGCUGCAACAAGCGAGUCAGGCUAUCCUUCGUACAUGAAAUGCAAAAAAGUGAUUAGAAGCAAACGAGCGGGCCGACUACCGAAUGGGAAGAGAUUGUGUGAAAAGGAUGGGGAAAGCCUCUUGGCCACAUUGAGGCAAUGCCGUGGCUCCGUAAGGCAGAUAUGCUUACUUGAGACAAUUCACUCCCCUCCUCUUUUUAUUUUCUCUUCGGCGUCUCUUUUCCUCGUCUUCUCUUCUCUUCUCUUCUGCCAUGCUUAGCCGCUCUGCACACCCCCCUUUUUGGCUGCUGCUGACUCCUUUGUGAAUAAUAUCUCCGUAGACCGAACUGCUGUGGCACUUGAACCGAUGACGGACGUAACAGCAGAUGCACCUGUAGGGCUGAUCCGGCAGCGAAGAAGCCGUCAGGCUAAUAGCUGGAGAUUAUGAGAUAUGAGAUAUAAGACUAGGGGAGCUCA